AUGGCCGGCUGGAUCUCCUCCAAGCUCAAGGCCGCGGAAACCCUCCUCCACCAAAUCGACCAGCAGGCGGCGGAGUCGCUCGGCAAGUCCUCCUCCGCCUCCGACCUCACCGCCCUCCAGCAGCCCUCCUCCGCCGCGCUCCUCGACGCCCCCGCGCCGCGCAGGCCGCCGCCGGCGACCCCGCCCCCCUCCCUCGGCCUCCGCAUCGCCGCCAGGCGCCACUCCCAGCCUCCCCCUCCGCCCCCCUCCGCGCCCCGCCGCUCCGCCUCCGCCGCGGCGGAUCUCUCGGCGCAGGAUCAGCCCGGUGCCGAGCCUGCCGUCGCGGUUGAGGCGAAGGCGGAGGGGGAUGGGAGGGAUCGGGAGGAGGCCGAGAAAGGAGGCCCGUCUGAGAGCGGGAGCGGGAGCGAUGACGAUUCCGAUGGGUCCGGGAGCGACGACUCGGAGGAGGAGAGGCGGAGGGAGGAGGAGCGGAGCCGGCGGCGUGCCGAGCGGCUCGCGGCGAUGGCGGCACGAGCCAUUGCAGAGAGGGAGGAGGCCGUGGCGAGGCUGGAGGGGGAGAAGACCAGCCUUGAGAAGCUGCUCGCCGUGCGUGAGAAGGAGCAAGCACAGGAGGCUUCAGAGUUGCAGACUAGUAUGAUUGAAACCAUGGAAGCUACAGAGAUAGAGAAACAACGGCAUCACAGCACUAGAAUGGAAGCCCUUGUGCGGUUGGCUGAGCUUGAGGUUACAAAUGCAGAGCUUGCAAAGUCACUUGCCAGGGAACAAUGGAAUUUGGAAGUUCAAGUUGAUCAAGUGGCUCAUCUCCGAGAGGAAGUUGACUUGAAGACUUUUGCUCAAGACAAGUACAAGAGAAAGAUAGCGAAGAUACAGAAGACAAGUGCCCCUUUGGUUGAUGAAAUAGAAUCCUUGAGAAGAUUAAAGCUGGAAGACGAAAUCAUUGAUGCAGAAUACACCCAGACCUGUGAUAGAAUUGUCAGCUUGAAGGACAAGGCAAGGAAGAUUGAAGAAAACAUUGAGCUGACAAGAAGGGACAUGGUGCAACCUACAGAGGUUGAAAUUGAGCUCAAGAAGAGGCUCGAUCAACUCACCGAUCGGUUGAUUCAAAAACAAAUGCAGGUCGAGUCCCUGUCUUCAGAGAAGUCAACUUUGGUACUGAGAAUGGAGGCUGUUUCGAGGUCGCUUGACACCAACGCCUCGUCGCUGGCGUCUUCAAGCUCGUCAUCAAGGAUAGACAUCGAGGCCGGUACAUGGCAAGAUUCAUAUUCAUCAUAUUCUUCCCCAAGGCUGCGUGACAGGAUACGGACUGGGCAGCAGCACCUGGGAUACGCGAUACGGCAGCUCGACUCCAUCUUCUCGGCUGGUCACAUCUUCCUGCGGCGUAACCCGAAGGCGCAGGUCGGGGCUGCAGUGUACCUGGUGUGCCUCCACAUAUGGGUCAUGUACAUACUGUCGUCGCAUCCUGCUGUCCCGGACACCCGCCCCGGCGCCACCUUCUCUCUGGAGUCGAUCAACAAGACUAGCAUUUAA